UAUCUCUCAGUGUCUCUCUCCCUCUCUCCCUCUCUCCACUUCACCAGCAUCCCGAGGAGGAGGAGGAGGAGGGGGGUGUCACCGAAAAGGGAAUCUUGUGUGGAGCAGCGACGAAGUUAACACUAAACGGACACAUACUGUGUAUGUGUUUUUUCUUCUCAGCCGGUUGUGUGUCGUAUGCUGCGAACUUGGUGCGAUGGAGAGAAAGAAACCCCACCAACAUCGUCUCCAUUCUCAAGUCCUCUGCACCCAUUUAUUUCUCAUUAUCUAUAGCUGGGGUGAACAUUUUCUACUCACAGCGCCUUACGCUGCCACAGCCAGCCUUUGCAUCUGAGAGACGCAAAACAGCGUCCAGGCAUGACCUCAGGGGCCCGAAUGCCCCAUCAAGGCGCCCCCAUGGGCCCCCCUGGUCCCCCGUUUGGAGGUACACCCCCGAUCCGGCCAGGAAUGCCUAACCCUGUGAUGGACCCUAUCCGGAAACGCCCCACUCCCACUCCACCCGUGCAGGCUCCCCCUGUUCAGAACCGGCCUCGAAAGAAACCACUGGGAUUCCCAGGAGCCAGUGACAUUUCGGCAAGGCAAAUGGACUUGCGAGAGGCCCAGUCAGAGCCGGCAAUUGGAACCAAUGCCAAGAGAAGGAAAAUGGCAGACAAGAUUCUCCCUCAGAGGAUCAGGGAGCUGGUACCAGAGUCUCAGGCGUACAUGGACCUUUUGGCUUUUGAGCGCAAGUUGGACCAAACCAUUAUGAGGAAGCGGGUGGACAUCCAAGAGGCCCUCAAAAGACCCAUGAAGCAAAAACGGAAGCUCCGACUAUACAUCUCAAACACAUUCAACCCUGCAAAGCCUGAUUCUGAGGACUCUGAGGGCAGCAUUGCAUCCUGGGAGCUGCGGGUAGAAGGCAAGCUUCUUGAAGAUCCUGGAAAGCAAAAGAGGAAAUUCUCUUCUUUCUUCAAGAGUUUGGUUAUUGAGCUGGAUAAGGACCUGUAUGGCCCUGAUAACCACAUAGUGGAGUGGCAUCGCACUCCCACAACCCAAGAGACGGAUGGCUUUCAGGUAAAGAGGCCAGGAGAUGUGAAUGUGCGGUGCACUCUGCUCCUCAUGUUGGAUUACCAGCCCCCCCAGUUUAAGCUGGACCCUAGACUUGCUCGUCUGCUGGGCAUCCACACACAGACCCGCUCCUGCAUCAUCCAGGCACUGUGGCAAUAUGUAAAGACCAACAAGCUGCAGGACUCACAUGAAAAGGAAUACAUCAACUGUGACAAGUAUUUCCAGCAGAUCUUUGACUGUCCACGUCUGAAGUUUUGUGAGAUUCCUCAGCGGCUCACCAACUUGCUGCUGCCACCAGACCCCAUUGUAAUCAAUCAUGUUAUCAGUGUGGAUCCCAACGAUCACAAAAAAACGGCCUGUUAUGACAUUGACGUUGAAGUGGAUGAUCCUUUAAAGACUCAGAUGAGUGGCUUUCUGCUCUCGACCGCUAAUCAGCAGGAGAUAGCAUCACUGGACAACAAGAUUCAUGAGACCAUUGAGUCCAUCAACCAGCUAAAGAUCCAGAGAGAUUUCAUGCUCAGUUUCUCCAGAGAUCCAAAGGGCUACAUCCAGGACUGGAUCUGUUCACAGAACCGGGACCUGAAGCUCAUGACAGAUGUGGUGGAGAACCCAGAGGAAGAAAGAAGAGCUGAGUUUUAUAACCAGCCCUGGUCUCAGGAAGCUGUCAGUCGCUACUUUUACUGCAAGAUUCAACAACGAAGACAAGAGCUUGAACAGGCCUUGGCCACGCGCACCACUUAAAAUCAUUUCCAUUUUGGAAAAGAAUUUACCAGACCUUUUGAUUGCCAGUUAAGGAGAAUUUCAAUUUACUGAUGUAUCUCCAGUGUUCUGGACAUCUUUCUCAGUAUCCUUGAAUAUUAUGAAAGCCUAUUGAGGAAAAAGGCCAAAAUGCUAUCUUGUUAUUUAAUGUACAGUUUGUAUAAAUUGUUACAAUUCAGUUCUCUUUGAAUGAGAGGUCAUCUGAAAUUUUCUUAUGCCGCAGUCCAGAGAGAGACGGAGUAAAGCAGAUGCUACUCUUUUAACAUCUACAUGUGAUCAAACAUUUUAAUGGCGUCACAAAACAGUAUCCUUUUUGAGUGAAAGGUUUAUAUUGUGGAUACGAAUGAUUUCCAGCAUAUUUUGAACCUUUGGACAGCAUGAAAAAGACUGGGCACUGCGAGGGGGCGUUUGUUUCAUCAGUGGAUUGUUUUUGCUACUGAUAUCAAUGUGAAUAUGUAUUAACAGGUAUUGUAUGUUGCUUUUUAAGUGGGCAUCCCUUAUCUUUCCUGUGUCUGUGAACUGAAGCACUGUGCAAACAUUCAUUUGUCUUCUUAACUGAACAACUACCAUAACUCCACCAGGCUAGAAUAAAGCAGACUUUUUUAAUCAAAUACAGAACGUAUCUGUGCUCACAUUUUAGUGCUGCAUUGAAUUUACACGAUUCAAAUGUGUACGUCAUUUCCACAUGAGCAAUCUACACUAGUGUUCAAAAGGUUUGGAAUUAUAAUUUCAAUAAUACAAAACUUGGUUGCAGAUCUUCUUCUUCUUUCGGCUGCUCCCUUUAGGGGUCGCCACAGCGGAUCAUCUGCCUCCAUCUUGCCCUAUCCACUGCCUCCUCUACUUUUACACCAUCCAUCUCCAUGUCCACCUUCACU